UUCGCGAAUUUUAUACCACCCUCCUAAUUUUUACUGCCUAUAUAUAUAGACUUAGCUACUCAUUUUUCGUUCCAUACUGCUUCGUUCAGGAUCUUUCGAUCUCUUUCUCUGUAUCUUUCUAGCUAGCUUGACAAUAAGAAAGCCAUGCCAAGAACACCAAUAGAUCCAUUGGUACUAGGAAGGGUAAUAGGGGAUGUAUUGGAUCCCUUUGAUAGAUCAAUACCAAUUAGAAUUGCGUAUACUUCUAGGAGUGUCAACAAUGGUUGUGAACUUAAACCUUCUGCAGUUGCUGAACAUCCUAGAGUUGACAUUGGCGGUGAUGACAUGAGAACCUUUUACACUCUGGUUAUGGUAGACCCUGAUGCACCUAACCCUAGUGAUCCAAGUUUAAGAGAAUAUUUGCACUGGUUGGUCACUGAUAUCCCAGGCACCACUGGAACAGCUUAUGGACAAGAAAAGAUACCAUACGAAGCACCUAGACCAACCAUGGGGAUUCACCGUUUUGUUUACGUUUUAUUUCGACAACUUGGUCGCGACACAGUUUAUGCUCCAGGGUGGCGUCAAAAUUUCAAUACUAGAGAUUUUGCAGAAAUUCACAAUCUCGGACUGCCUGUUGCAGCCGUAUACUUCAACUGCCAGAGGGAGAACGGCUCUGGAGGCAGAAGAAGAUGAAAUAAUAUCGUAGAAAUGGGUCAUGAAACAAAAAAAGAUAUAAUUUAAAAAUAUUACCAAGAAGAUUAACUAAGAAUGGCACUAUAUUUUAUUUUAUUUUUGAAACAACAGUGGCACUAGUGUUAUACAUAUAUAGAUACAUUCAUCAAAUUAAAUAUGUGAAUGGUAUUGGUUUAUAUGAAUAAAUCUUUCAUGGAGUAUAGACAUAGACAACAAUUAUGUAGCCCGCUGUUAUGAUAACAAGUAAUAUCUGCUACUAUAUACUCGUAGUAAGACGAUGUUUAGAUCUAUGAGUAGAGGUCUGUAUUCUUCUAAUAUUAAGUCCUUUCCUUGUA